CAGGUCUUGGGUCAACCUGUACUGCGUGCUGAAAGAAGGGGAGAUGGGUUUCUACAAAGACGCCAAGAACAUGGCCACGUCCUACAACAACGAGCCGCUGCUCAACCUGUCCCACUGCCACUGCGACGUCACCAACGGCUACAAGAAGAAGAAGAAUGUCUUCACGCUCAAAACGAAGGACGGCAGUGAGUUUUUGUUUCAUGCGAAAGAUGAGGACGACCUCAAGGUUUGGGUGGGCAACAUCACGGCCAGCAUCACGGAGCACGAGGAGAUUGCCAAAUGGGGUCAGCCCCAACCAACUACCUCAUCCACCGACGAGGGCACGCGGCACGACGGCAGCAAGGCGGACAACCGGUCAGAGCGGGGGGGGGAGGGCUCUGACCGGGGAGACCGCAUCGAGCCGGCGGAUAUUGAAAAGGACAAAGAGAGAGACAAGGAGAAGGAGAGGGGGGAGCGGUCAGAGAGGUCGGAGCGAGGUGGUAAGUUGGAAGCAAAGCGCUCGGAAAAGUCCAGUAAGAAAAAGUGAGCCGGAACGCCCGGGAUUGAAUCGUACAAACUCCAGAAAGGAGGCGGGGCUUAGACUGGUAGUGAACGCCCCCCUCCUUCUCUCCGCCUCCAUCACUGUCAACUCAGCGGUUGUGAUUGGAUGGGAAGGGACAAACAGGACAGAAGGACUGACCCAGGCUCACUCAUAGGACGGACAGGAGCAGGAGACAUGUCUCUCUCUCUCUCUCUCUCUCUCUUUCUCUUUUCCUCUGUGUCUCUGUGAGAGCACACAGAGUCACUGGCGACUACCCCCCCCCCCUUGUGGAGGUUUCAGGGAACUGCAGAGAGCCACUGAACCCCGGGCAGCGUUAAGAGAGACACACGCAUCAUGGCUGUUACUGACUGCUGGUAGAGCGAUAACACGUAGCUCAUUCUGUUCCAUGUUUUUUUUUUUAUAUGAGAUGAGCUGUACCGAUAUGUAUUUCUUGUCUGUCUGUCCUAUUUACUCUAUCUAUCUGUCUGUAAAUCAAGACCUCCUACACUAUGUCCUAUUACUCCUCGGAAAUCGUAACAGAAUGAAAUUAUGCCAACAUGUUCUACAGACAAACAAACUUAGAGAAUUUUUGUUAUGUUCACUUUCCAAUUUGUCUCGAGGUCUGGUCUAUAAAAAACUGAGAAGGGACACUGAUUUGACUUUGAUACCUAUCAGCACAGCUACAGUACUGAGCUGAUUCUAGGAAACCGAGAGGAUGAUGAUGUAAGACAAGAGAAGAGUAGAUGGCCGAGCAGAAUGACAAACUACAAAACCAUACAAGAAACCAUCAAAUGAAUACAAGAAACAAUAGAAAAACAGAAAUCAUUGCUCAGAGGGCCAUAAAAAUACAUCCAAACAUCCUGCCAAGAGAGUGCUAACAGAGAGCUUCCUUUAGUUUUAUUGGACUCAUUUAGGAUUAAAGAUGUUCUCAUGAAUGUUUCUUCAAGGUAGAUCACAUGGUUAUUAACCUGUGAUAUAAACACUAUACUAUAUCUAUAAAAA